AUGGAUCCAGCAACGGAGUAUUUCGAAACCAGCACAUUGCUAGGACUACAACAAUCGAAGUUGGUGGUCGUUGACCUGCUGAAACAAACGCCCCUAGCCGCGACAGCUCUUUUCCUGAUCGCUUUGCCAGUCCUCGCCUUCUUAACGUGGUGUAUACUGUCCAAUCUUGGUUCAUCUUUACGGCAGUACCCUGGACCAUGGCUGGCUCAUCUUGACAUCCCGGAGUUGGCAAAAGUGCUCUACAGCACUGAUGGCAAGUGGCGGAAGACAGAGUUCUACCACAACAACAGCAGCGUGAUCAACGGGAAAAUUACGUAUCAUCUUUUCAGCACAACAGACCAAGACGAACAUGCGCGAAUGAAGAGGCCAAUUGUUAAGCACUACUCACAAGGCAGUGUCUUGACUCUGGAGCCCCUGAUGAAUACCGUCAUUGGCGACUUCUGUGAUCAUCUCGAAAACAGAUUCAUGAACGGCAAACAGACGGAAAAAUGUGACCUAGGUCAAUGGAUUGGAUUUUAUUCAUGGGACAUGAAUGGCGUAGCUUCCUUCAGCCAGCGGUUCGGCUACAUGGAUACAGGCCGCGACCACGACAAGACCAUCGAGAUUGCGGACAAGGCUCUGGACUACUUCGCAGCAGUUGGGCAGAUGCCCUUCCUCGAUUUCCUCAUGGACAAGAACCCAGUGGUGCGCAUCGGCCCGCCCAACCUGGGUAACAUCACACGAAUAGCACUGGAGCAUCUUAUCGCUCGAUCAUCUGGAAAGGAUCCUAACUUCGACCCAAGAGUUCCCGACUUUCUGCAGCAUUUCCUAAACGCCAAGAACACCCACCCAGACCUCGUUGACGACGGCAUCAUCAUGGGAUACCUGCUGGUGAAUCUGCUUGCCGGCGCUGACACCACGGCAAUCACUAUACGUGCAAUAUUCUAUUAUGCUCUGCAUCACCCGGAAGUGUACCAUAAGUUGGAGACCGAGAUAGUGGCGGCCGACCUCGGCAAGAUUGCACCGUACAAUGCCGCGCGUGCACUGCCGUACCUUGAGGCCGUGGCCCGCGAGGCUAUGAGGAUGCACCCUGGGGUGUGCAUGUUGCUGGAACGUUACGUGCCAGCCUCCGGGCUCACUCUCCCAGAUGGGUCUUUCAUUCCACCAAGCACAGCCGUCGGUAUCAAUCCGUACGUAGCGGGUCGCAACAAAUCUAUUUGGGGCGCGGAUGCGGACGAGUUCCGCCCGGAAAGGUGGCUCCAGCGCCCAGCGGAGUCGAAUGAAGACUACCAGAAGCGGUUGAGAUUGUUCAAUGCUUGUGACCUGACCUUUGGCGGCGGUUCGAGGGUCUGCAUUGGCAGAAAUCUGGCGAACAUGGAGGUAUACAAGAUUGUGGCUACGUUGGUGGGUCGCUAUGAGAUCCAGCUAGCUGAUCCGCAAAGAGAAUGGGAGGUCACCGGCAGCUGGUUCCCAAGGCAGAGGGGCCUUGAGUGUUAUUUGAAGAAGCGUGAAUGA